GAUUUUUUUGAGCCCACCUCAUCCAUUCACAAGGGACAUUUUCUUUGAAGAAAGGAAGAAAAGUACCUAGUGAGAGACUACUAGUAUCCUUCAUCUCUGACUCGGUUCAAGAACAACGAUUAUCGUCAUGGCGAAGACGCUAGAAAAGACACGGAAGCAGAUUGCGAAGAAAAGAAACGGCACGGUAGCAGCGCUUCAUGAAAAGAGCCGGGACUCCAGACGGCUUCACCGAGCUCAAGUGCGAGAUGACCGCUUAGAAAGAAUUGCUGAAUCGAGGCGGAAAAAGGAUCAACCUCUUCUCGCCCGCGUCUCCUUUUUCCAAGAAUUUGUGCGCGAGCAUGGCAACAAACCAGUUGGUCUGGAGCUAGUCCAGUCAAAGAUCAAUGAAUUCGUGCACCAAUACGACGAGGAAUAUGAAGAGGUCAAGAAGGCGCGCCGCCCAGGGCGGCCACCAAGUUCUAAAGAGGACCUCCUAAAAAUGAAGAUAUCUGCGCUAGAGAAGGAGCAACGAGAUGGCUUUUACAUACCAGAUCUCACCUCAGAAGAUAAUAUCCAGCUGCUGGGCCGAUGGGAAGGGUCCUGGUCGUAUCUCACCAAUCUUUCCUGGGUCAAAAUCUCCUCGAAAGGGAACGUCAAGCCCUCCAGUUUCCCUCCCCAAGGUCUCUAGUUCUACCGGGCCCUGAGCAGAGGAUACCGGUACACACAGCCGCACUGACCAACGGUUGUGUCUUGCAUAUCGGGUAGGAGUCUGCCAGCAAACUGGCCAAAG